AGACGUAAAAGCAAAAAUGGGGACGGCCGUAUUUCAAGAUGGCGAAAGAUAAUUUGCCGAACUCGAGGCUUCAAAACGUCCACAAACCAAUGAGUGAUGUCACAAUGACUGAGCCCUGUUCUCAUAAACAGUCUGUGGUCGCGACGCUUAGUCGUGGAUAUGGAAAGCCAAAAGUGACAUUAAAUGCCUCGAUUCUUUCCCCCGUUGUUGACCAACAAAAGGCUUAUUUUUUCGCAACCUAAAAGCAGUGGAAAACAUUUCCUCCUCGUGGUCGUGAGCCCCGCCUUCUGUUUCUAGAGCCAGUGAGCUUAAAGGUUCUGUAACCAGUCAGUGAAGAGUGAAACCAGACAAAGCAACACGUUGAAGAGGAGUACCUCCCAUUGGUAGGGUCAGAUGUGACUAUAUAGGAUUAAAUACGCAUGAUAAUAUAAUCACCUUCUUUUGUCUUCUAAAAUGACCUGUAUCCAUCUUGUAGGAUGUAAUUGCACAUGAUGGGCUCAUUACCAUGAAGGAAAAAUGCUAUAAAAACAGCAUUUUAACAUAAAUCUGGUGAAAAUAGAGGUGUUUAUUGCCUCUUUUGGCCUUCCAUACAUGUACCUCUGAGUUUUUGUAACCAGGCACUCGCUCGAUUUAAAAACUAUUUACACGUCUGAGUAUUUUACAAAGAACAGCAGUUAGUUUUUAGAUGCUUUAGAAACAGGUAUUAAAAUCUACAUUAUAUUGAAUAUUUAUCAGCCAAAUCAAAUAGUUUAUAUUCAACCGUAGUUUCUUUAUAACACAUUUAAUACUGGACGUGUUUCUUCACAGGUUUGUAUGAAGGUGAUGAAGUAGUUCAUGAAUAUGAGUUUAUAGAUGAUUAUAAUCCCUCCUCUCUAUAGUGGAGGUUAGUUUAUGGUGUUUAGUCGGUUACAGCUACAGUCUGUGUUCAUAUCUGAGUUACACUUGUCUUUUUGAUUCUUCACACUUCAUCUUGUUUCUACGUCGUCUGGAGUUCUGGAGAAUGAAGUGUGGUCCGUCAGUCUCUUGAUACUCGCGGUUCAUAGCAGCUUUAUUGUGAUAAAGAGCUCUGUGUGACACAGACGGUGUAAACAUGACGGUUCUUCUCGUCCGCUGCAGCAGCAUGGCGUCCACAGUGACUUUAGAAGAUGCCCUCUCCAACGUGGACCUGCUGGAAGAGCUGCCGCUCCCGGACCAGCAGCCCUGCAUCGAGCCCCUCCCCUCCUCCGUCAUGUUCCAGCCCAACUUCAACACCAACUUUGAGGACCGAAAUGCGUUCGUCACCGGCAUCGCCAGAUACAUCGAGCAGGCCACGGUCCACUCCAGCAUGAAUGUGAUGUUGGAGGAGGGGCAGGAGUACGCCAUCAUGCUGUACACCUGGAGGAGCUGCUCACGAGCAAUACCACAGGUGAAAUGCAACGAGCAGCCCAACAGAGUGGAGAUCUACGAGAAGACUGUCGAGGUUCUGGAGCCAGAAGUCACCAAGCUGAUGAACUUCAUGUACUUCCAGCGUACAGCAAUAGACCGUUUCUGUGGAGAGGUCCGGCGUCUCUGUCACACCGAGCGCCGUAAGGACUUUGUCUCUGAGGCAUACCUGCUGACUCUCGGGAAGUUCAUCAACAUGUUCGCCGUGCUGGACGAGCUGAAGAACAUGAAGUGCAGCGUGAAGAACGACCACUCAGCCUACAAACGAGCUGCUCAGUUCCUCAGGAAAAUGUCUGAGCCUUCGUCCAUCCAGGAGUCUCAGAACUUGUCCAUGUUCCUGGCAAACCACAACAAGAUCACUCAGUCUCUGCAGCAGCAGCUGGAGGUGAUUAAUGGGUACGAGGAGCUGCUGGCCGACAUCGUCAACCUGUGUGUCGAAUACUACGAGAACAAGAUGUACCUCACUCCCAACGAGAAGCACAUGCUGCUCAAAGUAAAGUCCACCAUUGCUUCUGUUGAUUCCACCGGCAUUGCCCGUCAUCCCAUACACAUAAUAACCACUAGGGGAGGGAAUCACCAGAGGUCCCGCGAUACCAUUUUAUCACGAUGCAUAGGUCACGAUACGAUAUUAUCACGAUACUUAGGUCACGAUAUGAUAUUGUCACGAUACAUAGGUCACGAUACGAUAUUAUCACGAUACUUAGGUCACGAUACGAUAUUAUCACGAUACUUAGGUCACGAUACGAUAUCACGAUGCAUAGGUCGCGAUACGAUAUCACGAUACAUAGGUCGCGAUACGAUAUUAUCACGAUACUUAGGUCACUAUAUGAUAUCACGAUACAUAGGUCGCGAUACGAUAUUAUCACGAUACAUAGGUCGCGAUACGAUAUUAUCACGAUACUUAGGUCACGGUACGAU